AUGAACGAUGUUGUCGGUUUCGAACAUCGCAACUUGGAUGUUGUCGGUCGUUGGCAUAACGGUGGUCCAAAAAAUCAUUUUCAACUCAGGCUGUUCUGGUACACGUGCGAGGCUUUAUCGGCAAAGUCGCAUGGUCUGAGACUGUACCAUUCUCUGGACGAGAUCAACUCGCGGAAUGAAGGUCUGAACGGAGGACAGACUUUCCAGCGAGACGCAAUUCUUCUCCGUCGAAAAGUAGCGAUGUUUUCAAACUGGACGCUCAAGGAAUCCCGCCAAGCUCGCAAGACCACGGUCAGGUCUAUGGACAGCAAGCAGCGCACGGUCAGCGCGUCUUUUCAGACCAGAGAACGUGAUCGACCUCACGAUCCCUUGUAUCAAAGCAUCCUGCGUAUCUUCAAUAAGGACGACCAGGACUUCUUCCCGAUGGAUUUGUCGUACGUGCUCGCAAGGACUUCGUCCAGAGAGCUGCCGCAAAGUUUGUCAGUUGCCAAGCUGACGGAAGACACCUCGACCUCGACAUCCCUAUCAAUCUGUUUCAAGAUGCCCUUGAUUUGUGUCCCAUUGAUCACCCGGACAUCACCCAGCUCCAUCCUACCAUUGCUCUGCAAUCUCACUUCGAAACGGGGAUUUCAAACGGAUGCGGAUGGAGUAAAGUCCUCGAUGUCUGCCACGCUAACAGUCACAUUUACAGAGCUGGCGCUUGUCAACCGAAGUCCUAUCCCACAUUUGCGUUCGCUCUUUCGCAGAGACCACUCCAUCAAAAAUGCUAGCUUCCAUGUUGACAAAUUCAAGUUAAGAUACAACGGUGGACCAAUGUACAUAGAGUUAACUGCAACCAUGAACGCCGCUAUGGCUCUGCUCAUCUUUUGGCAGCAACGAGCCUCUGUAGGGCACAAAUCAGAAGAAGGCACCGAAAACGACUUUGCGGUCUGGUGCGACUUCGACGACUUGUGGACCAUGGCUGCGUCUGGGCACGAGGAACGCGAGAUACUGCCGUGGGGAUUGCGCGACUCCGUUCGAGGGGGAAGGCAGAGAACCUAUCUCAAAAUGGAUACGCAUUCAUUCAUGCAUUGCGAGGGGAUCAUGCUGAUCGUUCCAAACAGAAAGGAGUUUGUCGUGUGGUUCAAUUCGGGAGCUUGGACGACUAUUCCGCUUGAACCUCUGCUACCAGCAGUGCAUGCUGUUUUGAGUUCCCUGGAUGGUGACGCUAUUGAUUUGUUUCAUGGUAGCGUCAUGACUGCGCUCUUUGAUCUUAUGUUGCCUCAGCGUCGUCGCCCUGAAGGCCUGAACGUUGUGCAUCCGCUGUAUCUGCAUCUUAAUCAAAUCAGAUGCAGCUCAAUUGAGCGUGGACUGCAAUGGGCGAAAUUCGCCAAGCAAGGAUUCAAGGCAAAGGCUUACUUUGUAGAGCCUCUAUUGACCGCCACCAUCCAGAACCGACUUGCUGAUGCCGCUGCUCUCGAUGAUGGCUGCAGUGCUCACUCCUCAAGCUUCAGGCUCAAUAUUGCAAAACGUGGAUCACAUAGUACCCUUGCUGGGCCUAUUCAUGUUAGCAUUGGCGUGGAAAUCUGUGGAGGUCCUUCGGAUGACUGGAAGAAAGAGCGUGGAUGGAUUGCCAGUACAUGGGAGCUUCUUUCAAGUCUUGUGCAGAGCUCAGUUCGCGAUCAAGCGUUGCGACGCACAGUACUGGAGGUGCUUGCCAACCUGACUUCUAAUGACCAGGCAACGAGUUCCCUCGUUUUGAAGUCAUCUCUCCUAUCCUGGAUCGAGAUGCAAACAAGCAGAUGUCAUUCCCGCGGGCAAGGCCGCCCGCUUGGCAGACUCUACUGCUUGUCCAUCCCUGGGUCCGGGUUAAUCCUAGCAACGAAGAAAAACGAGGAAACACGAGGCAGUGACCCCCAUAGCCUGUUCGAGCGCAAUAUGCUUGGGUCGACUUGGCCUGGCGUAGUCCGAGCAAUGCGGGAGGUAGACCCAGCCAUAGCGGUCUAUCCGGCCGAACAUUUGAAAAGCCCAGCAGCUCAUGCUGAGGUGCAGAAUCGGACGUCCGGGUCCUUUGGUUUGGUGGCCUCGGAUAUAUCACACAGUUCAUCUUCAAAACCGCAAAGGUGUCUCAAGUCUUUUGCCACCAGAAUAUGGAACACGAAAGUCAAUUGCUUCAAGGAUGAUGCUGCCGAAAUCGCAAAGAUCGACGAAGAGAUGGUCAAGAUAGUUGUUGAUGUUGGAGUCUACCUUCCCAGUCACCCAGACGGUAGUGGUAUCGACGUUGAUAGGAAGUCCAGUCGACCGAUUCAAAGCCACUCUAAGGCAUCGGUCAAUAAUGACCCGCUCCUUCCUCAAAAAAAGUAG